AUGGAAUAUCGAAGCCUGUCCAUAAUUGGCAGUGAUGAAGGAGUCCAUCUUUCGCUCCUAUCUGCACUCGAUGAUUGUGAAAAAGAAAAGGAAACUGAGAAAAAAGAAGACACGAAUGAUCAGAAGGCUAUCCAGGAGCGGAAAGCUGCGGCAAAGCGACGACGAGAGGCACUGUUUGCUGCCAAUAAGAAGAAGAAUUCUGAAGUCAUGAAGAGGUUGAUGGAGAAAGAAGGCCUAACGCAGAAAGACAUCGACUCAAUUGACACGAGCCAGCAAGAUGUCCGACUCUACGAGUGUCCGAUUUGUGGUGAGCUUGAUACACCAUCGACUUUGCGAAACCCACUUGGCAUGCUUGUUCGGGUAACCAACAAUGGAUUGUGUGAUAAUCUUGUACCAAUCGAUGAACCCGAGCUAAGCCUGCUUGACUGGGAUGAUGGUCGAAAGGGAAACACGGUUGUUAGAAACUUCAUCAGAGGCUGGAAGACUGCACGUAAUGAACUCGUUCGUCGGACGCUAUUCUAUUCUGAUAUCAUUGGAAUGUCGACUUCUGUAGAGCUGAAGACCUGUGGGCAUACUGUACAUAUGAAGUGCUUCAAUGCUUAUCGAGAAACUCUUCGAAAUGAUCAGAGAGUCAAAAAAGUGAAUGCGCGAGUCUAUUCGCGAUGUGUCCCAUGUGUUUCUUGCCCGCUCGUUUUAUGUUUUCGUUGCCGGUUCAGCGUGAAUGCUAUUUUGCCAUUCCGGAUCGACUGGGGUUUUGAGACAGCAAAUCGAGACUCAUUGGUGGAUGAUCGUUUGAAGGUACCAUUUGUUGAUCUUUUGGAUGCAAUUCUGGAAUGA